GCAGCCCCGAGCUGCCGGCUGCAGACGGAGGCGCGGCCCGGGCGCACGGACAGAGCGGGCGCGACGCUCGGGGGCCGGGGCAUGCUGCGGGUGCAGGGCGCGGGCGGGGGGAUCUGAGUCCCGCGCCAGCCCCAUGGCCCCAGGGCGGGCAGGGAUGGGCCCCCCACGGCUCGCUGCCCCCCUGGCCUCCGGACGCGGCUGCCUUGUCCUGCUGGCCGCACUGCUGGCCCUGCAGACGGCGAGAGUGAGUGGAGAAUCGGACCCCCACGACCUGGUGUACCUGCCGGCCGAACUCAAGGUGCUGGACAUUCCAGAACAUUUCCGGCUGCAGCGGGUGGAUCGGUACCUGCCGGGAAAUGCUUCCCUGGGCUCCCGCUCUGAGACUUACCUCCUCCUCCAUCGCCGGCCCACGGCAAAGCCUGUCAUCCAAGCCACCUACCUGCCCUUCACUGCCCAACAGGUGGUGCCAGCAGCCGAUCCCCACCACAGGUACGGCUCCGCGGCUUGGGACGUCCGAGCCGUGUCCAUUGAGGGUACAGUGUCUCCAGCUGAGCCGUAUGCCAGGGUUCUCUUCCACCUCAAGGGGCAGGACUGGCUGCCGGGACGGCAUGACCUGCCCUGUGUCUCCCUGCAUGCUUUCCACCAGACACGGGCUGUGCAUGGAGCCUGCCGCCUCCAGGCACCCCUGGGAGUGUGCGUGGUGGAGCUGGAGUUCCCCCCACGCUGGUUCUCUGCCACACACCCCUCCGCACACAGCCGGCGCAGAGCUGCAGAGCCCGCCCGGCCCCCCGAGCGAGCCGAGCUGUACUACAGCCUGGGGACUGUGGAAACGUCUGCAGAGUGCAGCUAUGCGGGGCCCCAGGAGAGGCACCGGCCGGGUGCUGAGGGCACCAAGGAGAGACUGCACUAUGUCGGCGCUGUGGAGCUGCGAGGCACGGACCCGCCUCGGCGCCAGGAGGUGCGGCUGGAUGACAACGUGCUCAUCCGGGUCCCCGACAUGGCACUCCGGCCAGGGCAGCUCUUCACGGCCACCCUGAUCCUCCAGCAGAACUUCACCGCCAACCUGCUGACCCUGAGGAUCAAGGUGAAGAAGGGGCUGCAGGUCCUAGCUGCCCGCCCUGCCGUCCCCGAGGCAUGGACGGCCAAGCUGGACAAGUUCAAGGGUUCAAAGCACCACACCGCUGUGGUCACUUGUCGCCGGCUGGACGCUCGCCAGUUGGCCUGGAGGGCAGCGGAUUUCCCCGAGUUCCUCUACCUGGACUUGGCGGUGGAGAACGGCACGAGCGGCCUGGCCUCCACGCGCCCCGUCACCUGGCAGGUGGAGUACCCUGGCCAGGACCCUGAAGCUGAGAAGGACAAGAUGGUGUGGGAGAUCCAGGUGACGGAGCGCGACGUCAGGGCGCUGGUCCCACUGGUGAAGGAGCAAGAGAUUGUGAACACCGCCCCCCUGACGGGGAUCCCCCUGGCAGUGCCGGUGAAGCUGGUCGCUGUGGAGAUGGGGGGAGCUGUGUUCGAGGUCACCGAGCAGAUGGGGUGUGAGUCUGCCAACAAGCAGGUCCUGAAGGUGACGGACACAUGCAACUCCGUCUAUGUGGGGGGCAAGGAGAACCGGGGCGCCCGCGGGGCGCGAGUGGAUUUCUGGUUCCGGCGGCUCCACGCCUCGCUGCUCUUCACCGUCUGGGUACCACUACUGCCGCUGCGCAUCGAGCUGACCGACACCACGCUGGAGCAGGUGCGCGGCUGGAGGGUGCCUGGCGCCGCUCCAGACAGUGGCCUGGUGGAGCCCGAGGAGGCUGGGGAGGAGGCAGAGAGGCGAGCUCGUGGCUGUCGGCUCCAGUACCAGCGUGCUGGUGUCCGCUUCCUGGCGCACUUCGUGGCUCACCCACUGGACGGUGGACGGCACCUGACCUACAUGCCGAGCUCUGACUGGCUCCUGGACGUCUCCCACCUGGUGGGCGGGCAAGCCAAGGUGCAGGACCCCCGCGUGGCCACUCUGGAGGGCGGGAGCGUGGUGAUAGGCCGCGAGCCGGGAGUGACGUCAGUGGAGGUGCGCUCCCCUGUCUCGGAUUCCAUCCUGGGCGAGCAGACCCUGGUGGUGUCGGAUGAGAAGGUGGCCGUGUUGGAGCUGCAGGCCCAGCUGGUGUCGGGCCUCUCGCUGGCACUGAGCACGGAGCCACAACACCCCGAUGUCCUCACCGCCACCUGCCAGGCACUCUCAGCCCUGCACUCCCCAAAGCAGGAAGCAGCACUCAGUGUCUGGCUGGCAUUCACCGACCACACCCUGGCCCCCGUGGAGCUCUAUGGCUGGCGGGACGUGGCACUCUCUGUCUCCUCCCUGGACCCUGGCGUGGCCUGGGUGCGGCCGGACGAGGAGCUAGCUCGCCCGCUGAUCGUAGCUGAGGGGCCGGGCCGGGGACCCCUCCUGCAGCUGGGCCUGCACACCGCAGACUCCUGCCGCAAAGGCAAGCACCGGGCGCCGCUGGCCACUGGCACUGCCUGGCUGGAGGUUGGCAUCAGCCGACGGCCCCCAACCCCCGGUAGCCCACGGCCCCGCAAUCCCCACCCCGAGUCCCCCUUCCAGCGGGCCGAGGGGGCCAUGUCGGGGGAGGCGGUGACGGCGGCAGCUACGGAGACCAUGGUGGGGCCCCGGAAGCGGGCCCCAGCCGGGGUGGGACCCAACCUGACCAAGUCUGAGAGGCCCGAGGGUGGCACCUUCUCUGAGGAUGGCUGGCCUGAGGAGGAAGAGGAGGAGGAUGAGAUGGUGAAGGCCCCGGAGCGGGUGACGGACCUGGAGAUCGGGAUGUACGUUCUCCUGGGCGUCUUCUGCUUGGCCAUCUUCAUCUUCCUCGUCAACUGCAUUGUCUUUGUGCUGCGCUACCAGCGCAAGGAGCCCCCCGACGCUGGGCCCGGCCCAGCCCCCUCCACCCAGCAGCCCCACAACUGGGUGUGGCUGGGCACCGACCAGGAGGAGCUGAGCCGCCAGCUGGAUCGCCGCAGCCAGCACCAAGAGCUCAGCCCCAAUCCCUCCCCCGACCCCUCCGCCGCUGCCAAAGAUGGCAGCUGCUGCUGCUGCGGGACUCCCCCGGGCAUGGAGGGGGGCAAAGGGGAGGCUGGUGCCCCUGAGAUCACAGGGCCCGACGGGGGGGUCUCCUCCUGCACUUUCCUCCCUGCGGCUCUGGGGAGCCCAGCACCCCCCAGCACCUUGUCCCGGAAGGAGGUGGCUGCGCCAGGGGGCAGGCGUAAGCGGGUGGAGUUUGUGACCUUUGCCUCACCCCGGGCCCCUGAGGGUGCCGCGUCCCCCCCGCCCUCCUCUGCCCCCACCAUCCAGUCCAUCCUGGUGGCCAGCGAGGACGACAUCCGCUGGGUAUGCGAGGACAUGGGGCUGCGGGACCCCGACGAGCUGAGGAGCUACAUGGAGAGGAUCCGGGGCAGCUCCUGACCUCGGGGCCCCUGCACCCCACUGACACCGUGCAGGGCAAAGCAGUAAGGGACCAGCCCCCGCUCCCAUUGGCCACCCUCCCAGGGAUCUGUCCUGGGAUCCACUGGGCAUUCUCUGUCCAAACCUGCUCCCUCCCAGUCAGUGUUAGGAGGAGAGCACUGUCCCCUGGGGUUGCUGCCAGGGGUCAGGGCUCUACCCACUAGGGAUGAGUUGUAGGCCCCUGGAUCACUGAGAUGCAGGGCUGCAUCCUAUAGAAUUAUCUCUGACUCUUUGUCUCUGUCCUGGGGAUCCAGCCUGUGCUCCGUCAGUUUCUAUCUUGAUCCCAGCUGAGGCCCCUCUUUCCCUCUCACUGGAGGGAGUUUGACCUCCCGAACUUGGAACCCAGGUGUCCUGGUUAUCGCCCAGGUUCUGGGGGUGCUUUCCCCGCUGAUCUCCAACCCAUUGAGGGGCGAGCCGGGGCCGGAUUCCAAUUUUGCUUUGGCUCUCAUUGCAAUGUUGUGUUGAUUGUGAUGGUUUUCAUGGCGAGUGUCCUUCCUGUGGUCUGACCCUUGGGAUAUCCCCCCAACCUGCCCACCAUUCAGGGGUGGGCCCCCUCCCAGGGGGCACCAGCCGGCCCCUUUCACCCUGGCCGUGCGUUCGUUUUGUACGAUCUCUGGCAUUUUAUACCUGUAGCGUCGGGAGGCUGCCACGACGGGUCCUUUAUUUAUGGAAGAUUUUUAAUUCUUAUGUUGUUACAAAAAUAAAGUAUUUAAAAACAAA